AGGGCCUGGAGAGUCGUAUAUUGGGUAGAUAUAAAGCUCCCCGCGUGGGCUUCUUCAGAGAGGGUCUCCUGGAGAUAGGCAGAUUCUGACUCCGUCCGCAAUAGACAGCCAUGAAGGCAGCUGGCCUCUUCCUGCUCCUCGGCCUGGGGCUUUACUGCUGCUCAGGCAAUGCCGAACCGGGUGGUGCUUCUGACGAAGGGAAAGAGCCAGAUUGUGGCAGCUAUAUACAUCCGGGCUGCCCCAAAAUCUUCGACCCUGUAUGUGGCACCGACAAUGUGGCAUACCCCAAUGAGUGUGAGUUGUGUGCUGAGAACCUGAAAAGGCAAACUAAUAUUCGCAUAAAGAAGAGAGGAAUGUGCUGAGUGCCUCAUGCACUGUCCGCUCUGCUCAAAUGCCGGCAGAGAAGAGCAGAAGUGGGCGUGUGACAAUUCCUCAUGAAGACACACACAGCUGCCACUGCACCGUCCUGCUGCACCACUCAUAGAUAUUCACCAUUCAAUAAACCUGACCGCAUCGCA